AUGUCUUUCGAGACCUCGAGAGAGCCAUAUGUCACUCCCUUCUUGCGCAUGGUGAGCUGGCGCAUCAUGAUGGCAUCGUAUGCCCUGUCGAUCUGGGUACCCGGCCCUGUCGAUCUGUAUGCCCACGAGGGGGAAGGUGGGGGGGAGAAGGGAGGGGCGAGAAGGGGGGGGGAGAAGGGAGGGGAGAAGGGAGGGGAGAAGGGAGGGAGGAGAAGGGGGGGAGGGAAGGGAGGGGGUGACCCCUCCAUCUUUCACCCAUGCCUGGCCCCCAUUGCCCUCCGCGUCACCCAACCCACAAGCCCCCUCUCGCCCUCUAUCUUUCUCCCUGCCCCCGAAACAUGCACUCUCCACUCUCCCACCCCCCUUCACCCGCUCUAUCUCCGCCUCGUCCCUUUUCCCCUCCCUCCCUCUACCACGGCCCCUCCCACCCCCUCACCCGCUCUAUCUCCGCCUCGUCCCUUUUCCCCUCCCUCCCUCUACCACGGCCCCUCCCACCCCCUCACCCGCUCUAUCUCCGCCUCGUCCCUUUUCCCCUCCCUCCCUCUACCACGGCCCCUCCCACCCCCUCACACGCUCUAUCUCCGCCUCGUCCCUUUUCCCCUCCCUCCCUCUACCACGGCCCCUCCCACCCCCUCACCCGCUCUAUCUCCGCCUCGUCCCUUUUCCCCUCCCUCCCUCUACCACGGCCCCUCCCACCCCCUCACCCGCUCUAUCUCCGCCUCGUCCCCCUUGCCCUCCGCGUCCCGCAGCUUCUUCCGCCAUUCUGCGGCCUCAACCCCCACCUCGCUCCUCCUCCCGACUCCCCCUGUUCCCCAACCCCCCUCCCCCUCUCACCCGCUCUAUCUCCGCCUCGUCCCCCUUGCCCUCCGCCUCCUGCAGCCUCUUCCUGUGCAUCUAAGUCUCACCACCCCCCCCCCCCCCUCCCCCUCCCCUCUUGCUCACCCGCUCUAUCUCCGCCUCGUCCCCCUUGCCCUCCGCGUCCCGCAGCCUCUUCCUGUGCCAUUCUAA